AUGAGUUUGCUAUUGCGGCGACGUUCGCGCAGCGAGACACGUCCUCAGGCGAAUCCGGCGGAGAUGGCCAAGCAGCCGGCGGACUCGGACAAAUCGGACAGGCAGCAGCAGCUGGCGAAGCACCACCAGAUGCGCCACCACCAGCCGCAUGCCAGUGAACAGAGUCUGAACAAACUGGGCCUGGUGUCCAGUGGCACCAGUGGAAUGGGCAGGCGCAAGACAUCCGCGGAACUCAUAAGCGAGGCCAAGAUGUUCCUGGGCGAAUCGGUGAACGCCGUUCCACUCUUGGCCACCGGUGGUGCUCGUUUGGUCAGCACUCGACGACCCAUUACGCCCCGCGAAUCGGGACGAGUUUUGUAUGGCAAAGUUGCCCUUGCUGGGCGGCCACCAAGUGCCUUUUCCAUGCGUUAUCUGCAGAACGAGAAACCAUCGACGCCCCGCCAGUUGCCGGCUCUAUCGGGUUCCGUAUCUGCCACACCCAUGCCCACCCGGAAUGGAGCUCUGCUGUGUCAAUCCAGCACGGAAACGCUGAUCGAACUGCUCAAGCAGCACAGUGGUUUGAAGGAUUGCAGCGACGAGACAGUGCAGCACAUUAAUGCGAUCCUCCAGGAGCUUUAUACACGCGUGAGAAAGCAGGAGCGCAACUACAAGCGUGGCUUCAUCCUAGGAGGACUCUACGGUUUGGUGGAAUGUACUUCACCACGAGUCCUUUUGGCCGUGGCUCGCGUGGUUUUGGCUCUUCGUGUGACGGGCAGCAAUCUCACGGGUGCAUGCAAGCUGAUCUUCAAGGUGGCCAGGCACGAGCAGCAUGACGCCCUUUUCCACGAACACGACGUUCUGGAGCUGCUUAUCGAUGGUUUGGGACACGCAUCGCCACUGGAUGAACCGGAGGCUUGCAUUUAUGCCUAUGGUUGCAUACGCUUCCUGACCGCCAGCAGUGCCCAGGAGCGGGAUGAUGCCCUCAACCGCAAUUGGAUUGGUUUGGAGACCUCCGGCGAGAGUCAUUCGCUGCCCAUUCCUGCUCUAAUGCCACCCGCUCUAUCGGCCAUAUCGAGUUCGCUCUGUCCCAGGAAAUUGACGGGUCAGCAAACGUUGGUGUCCCGCCUGGCUCGCCAUGGCGCCGUGGAGCUGAUGAUACUGCACCUGCAGAUGUUGAAUGAGGCGGGAGCCACAAAACGCCUACAGGGACCACCGCUACACACCCUCUAUCAACUGUCGGCGGCCAUGAGGGCUCUGGCAGAUGUUUCCCAGCAACAGCAGCGUCUGCAGCUCCAACUGCAAUUGGCAUGUCCACAUCUCAUUCGAGCGGCCGAGGUAUCCAUGGGCGAACUGGAGGUCCAGGCCAAUGUGGUGCGCACACUCAGUGUGCUCUCGGAGGACUCUGAUUGCUGUGAAACGCUGCACAACUAUGCUGCCAGGAUUGGCCUGCUCCUGGGUCCUUCGUGUGCCGGCGGUGGGCAGUGCAGUGAACGUCUCUUGGCGGUUCUAAGUCGUUUGGGCUACAUGCUGGGCAACAUACUGGCCAAACACGAAUCCGCGCGCAUACAGUACUUUCACAACGAUGUGGCCAUGGAGUAUCUUCUAAAUGUCCUGGAACAGCUGAACGAACGCUCACCCAGCAGUGUGUCCCAUUUGGAUGCUCAAAUCAAGUUGAUACGAGUGGUGGCCAAUAUGAGUGUGAAUCCGGAGGUGGGCGCAGGCUUGGGCAAUGUCCGUUCUUUGGGCGCCGUGCUGCUGCAGCUUUUGAGCAAGACCAGUGAGGAGUUGACCAAGAAGAAGUCGCCGGAACAGCAGGAGCUUCUGCAUGCCACCUUGGGAGCCCUGCACAAUCUGUGCUUCUACCAAGACAAACAGGCAGCUGUGCAGCCGUUGGCCGAGGGAUCCCUGCAGAGUUUGAUCGACGACCUGUCCGCCUCGUUGGCCAAGGUGUUGGGCAACUGUCAGACGUCGGUGACCAAAGUGGAGCUGGCCCGUGUGCUGGGUAACCUGACGAGGAACGAGCAAGCACGUCGUUGUUUCUGUGCCGCCGGUGGAUUGCCACUGAUGGUGCAGCAACUGACGAAGCAGGCAGCUGGCCAGGAUUAUGAGCUCCGCACCUGUGCCAUUGGUGUCCUGGUGAACCUCUUGGGCGAUGGCGAACAGCGAGGUCCUUUUCUGCAACUGCGCGGAGCGGAACUGCUGUCGCUACUGCUGCGUGGAUCCCUGGAGCAGGAGGAUUGGUUUCUAGCCAACAUUGUUUGCCAGGCCCUCUGGAAUCUUCUCAUCGACGGCCAUUGUGCGGCCAAUCUUUGCCAGAGUGGUAACAUACUCGAUGAAGUAAGUGAUCUGCUGGCCGAUUAUCUCGAUGAGGAUCGAUUAUCGCCCGGCGAUGAGGAUAACGAUAACGACGAGGAUGAUCCGGAGCGGGAAUCUGAAGAUUUAAAUGCAACGGAUACGGAUCCGGAAGCGCACGAUGCCUUGUGGGAGGAUUUCGCACUGGUCGCCACUGAUUUGCUGGAACGCAUCCAAAACAACUUCGAUAGGCAGCAGCAAUCGCAGGCAUCGCUACCCCAAAAUGCCGAUAACGAAGAUGAUAACGAUGUAUUUAUCGAGGAAAUGUAGUAUCAGUUCGUUUGAUAGUUUUUAGUGUUUCUAUGCAAACCAGCAUCAUUAUUGGAUAAAUAUCAUUAAACAAAUUAUCAAAGCCAAUAAAAAAUGUUUCGAAAUA